CGCAAGCUUUAGUCUGCUCGUAGCCACCGUACGGAUCACACCGCAUCGCGAAACUCGCUCAAAAACUCUUAGACGCAAGAACCAUCUUGCAAACUCAAAAACAAUCCAAGGACAUCUCGGGAAGAUUUGGACAGCGCGACGGUUAGGCGACGAGCCCCCCGUUUUCGGUCAACCUGUUGCAGUGUGGAUUUUAUAAAGUGAAGAUUGAAGAUUUGGAUCAAUAAGUGCGACAUCUGGUGAAGAAUCUAGAAGUUUUGCUAGUGGAAAAUAGAAGGGAAAAAACUUGAAUGCCUCAGUGGGUGUGAUUGCACAACAAAUAUUGAAAGAGCACCUUCGGUGAAAACAAUAUUUGCAUAAUCUCCAACUCUGGCGGUGAAGAAAACAACAAAAUUGUAAAUUAGUGUCGCUCUGCUUAAUGGGGCAAAGUGCUCUCGGCAGCGGGUUAAUGGAAAAGUGUACACACGGUCGUGGUUAAAUAUAAAUACCAAGUUAAUACUACCCCUCUGCGAGGUUGUGCCUGUUGGUGAUACCCUGAAAAAGGAAACUGGUAGCUGGUUUUUUAAUAACAAUAAUAAUCUCUGCGUGGUUGGCAUUUUUCCCUGUGCAACACCAUGUGGUCUUGAAGUGGACCCUUAACCGCGCACGCACGUGGAUUUGCAGUGCCCCCUUAAAGCGCACACACAGACACACUCUCUCGGAAAGGUUUCCGGGCCCCGAGGCAUGACUUCGUCCAUAUACCUCACAAUGGCCGGCUGGACUAGUGACAAGUUUCGACUGAGCUGCCUGGACAACCAAGGCCUCAAGCGUGCCCUGCUCAAGAUGCUCAUCCUGGACAGCAGCAACAGCAACGGCAGAAAUGGCGGAAAACGUGGCAACAUCGAGUCCGAUAGAACGGCCGCUGAAUAUCUGGUGGAUCAAGGAGCGCCAAACAACAAAUCGUUGCUCAGCUUUUUCGCAAUCAACGCCCUUGAGCUGAGUGCACCCGCCAGUCCGGUGCUACUGGAACGUAAUGCACCGGCAAUCCCGUCCGGUUGGCUGCAACUCUCCGGUCACCCGAAAAGCAUCGCUCCAGUUGCGAACGGCAUCGUCCGCAAGCGCGUCACCGGUCCGGCGGACGCCGAAGUGCUCGCCUAUCGCCUGCUCACGCUGGACUCGCACGCGGCCAAGGUCGGACCCAAGUUCCUCGGCGUGCACCAAACCCCCGACGGCGAGCACUUUAUCGAGCUGCAAGAUCUGCUGCACGGCUUUGUCGAUCCGAACGUGAUGGACAUCAAGGUGGGCUUCCGGACGUUCUCGGAGAACGAGGUCUCGAACACGACCCUGCGCGAAGAUCUGUACCGGAAGAUGGUCGCCGUCGAUCCGAGUGCACCGACGCCGGAGGAACAUCAGCGGAAGGCCAUCACCAAGCUGCGGUACAUGCUGUUCCGCGAGAACAUGUCCUCGUCCCAGGAGAAGGGCUUCCGGAUAGAGGCGCUCAAGAUGCGCGGCAGUUCGCCCGUGACGGACAUGAAAACGGUCAAGACGAGCCACGAGAUCGCGGGUACGAUCGCGCACUUUGUCAACCGCCGGAAGUCCGUCGUCAAGGACAUGCUGAAAAGACUGCGCCAGAUGCGAUCGCUGAUCGAAAAGUCCGAGUUCUUCCAGCGCCACCAGGUGGUCGGUAGCAGCAUCUUCAUCGUGUACGACGAUCACAAGGUCGGCGUUUGGUUGAUCGACUUUGCCAAAGCUCUGCCCCUUCCGGCCGAUGUCCGCGUGGAUCACCGACGGCGUUGGGCCCUCGGAAACUGCGAGGAGGGUCUGCUGUACGGCUUUGACGAGCUCAUUCGAACCCUCGACGACGUGUACCGGUCGCUGCAGACGAACCGACGGUAGUGUCAGUCAGCAAAAACGGCGCUAGUCAGCUAGAGAGAGAGCGAGAGUGAAAA